AUGGAAGUCGUUCUUGAGCCUGUCGUCUCCGAACUCAUUAAGGGGUUGUUUAAGAUACUGGAGUCCAAAGAAGUGCGGGACUUUGCCCGGCAACUUUUUGGAGGAGUAGAUUCAGAGAUCAAAGAGCUGAAGGAAAAGUUGACACACAUCGGAAAUCUUCUUCGCAAUGCGGAAGACAAGCAACUCUCAGAUGAAAGCGUAAAGAACUGGCUUGGCAAUCUUCAACACUGGGCUUAUGAUGCUGAGGACGUACUGGAUGAGUUUGCCUACGAAGCUUUGCGACACAACCGCAAGGCAGAACACCAGGCUAGCUCCAGCAGAGGAUUUAGGUGUCUCCCUGCUUCUUUCUCUAGUCCUUUGUUCGCUGUCCAGAUGGGGUGCAAGAUCAAAAGAAUCAAUAGCCGGUUGGAACAACUCUGUGGGAAAAGAUCAGAAGAACUUAAGUUGCUGGAGCUUUCUGGACUGCCACCAACUAACGUCUCUGCACCGCAAAAACCAGAGGAAACUUCAAGCGUCCCACCUGAACAAGUUGUUUAUGGCAGAAAUAAAGAUGAAGCCGAACUAUUGAAAAUGGUGAAAAGCGGUGCCAACUUUCAAGUGAUAGCAGUUGUCGGCAUGGGAGGGAUCGGCAAAACGACAAUUGCUCGGGUUGUGUACAACCACAAGGAGUUGGAAGAUUUCAAGUUUGAGAAAAAAGCGUGGGUGUGUGUUUCAACCACAACCACCUUUGACAUUCUCAAAAUCUCAAAGGAACUUCUUCAGCAAGUCUCAUCCUUUGAUCCAAAUAAUUAUAAUUUAACUGCAGUGCAAGUUAGGCUAAAAGAGGAAGUGAGUGGAAAAAAAUUCUUGAUAGUAUUAGACGAUAUUUGGAAGGUGGAGUACCACCAAUGGGAAACGCUUAUGUCUCCUUUCGCAGCUGGUGCACCUGGAAGCACAAUGAUCGUGACAACUCGCCAUACAGAUGUUGCACAAACAAUAAGGUGCUCUCAUAAUUAUCCAUUGAAGCCUUUUUCCGACGAAGCUUGUAAGUCCUUGUUUGAGAAACACGCAUUUGGGACUGGUGCAGCUGCUUUUCUGGAAUUCAAUUUACAAGAGAAUAGCAAAAUAUGGAGUACAUCUAAUGAAAGUGAUCGCGUUCUCCCAGCAUUAAAGCUAAGCUACCAUUAUCUUCCUCCAAAUCUAAAAAGAUGUUUUGGCUAUUGUGCAAUUUUCCCUCAGGACUACGAAUUUGAGGAGAAGGAACUUGCACUUCUAUGGAUUGCGGAAGGUAUUGUUCAACCAUCUGAUAAACAGCUAGAUGAGGCAGCUCAAUUGGUUUUCAAAGGAAUUGGUUUUAGAUAUGAGCAAAAUAUUGUUGAGCUACCAGAAAAAUUUGAAGAAAUUCGUCAUUUCACUUUUGAAUUUGGUGGUUAUAUUGAAAAAAAUAAAUUUAAAGCCUUGGAAAAAGCAAAAAGUCUAAGAACUUUUUUGCACUUACCUUCCAACAUGAGAUAUUUGACCAAUCUAUGUCAUCUUGAUAUAAGUGGUCAAAAUUUAUUGAGAGAGAUGCCAUAUGGAAUGAAAAAGUUGAAAAAUCUUCAAGUGUUGUCUAAUUUUAUUGUGGAAGAGGAUACAUGUUCUUAUUUGGAAGAUUUGAGGAGUUUAAGUUUUCUUCAAGGAGAGCUUCACAUUUUAGAAUUACAAAAUGUGACAAAUCUAAAUCACAUACAAGAGCAAAUACUAAGCAAUAAGAGCAAACUAAAAGUGUUGAUACUAGAAUGGAGAGAUCAAGUAAACUCACAAGCAACAGAUGUAGAAAUGAAUCUACUUGACAAGCUAAAGCCUCCUAUCAAUUUAAGAGAACUCACAAUCAAAGGCUAUGGUGGUGAAAGUUUUCCAUCUUGGUUAGGAGAUUUGUCAUGGCUCUCUAAUUUGCGUGUGUUUACUAUUGAAAAAUGUCCCCAACUUAUUGGAGAAGUUCCUAAUUAUUUUUAUUCAUUAGAAAGAUUUGUUAUUAAGGAUUGUCCAAAGUUGGUGGUCUCAUUAUCAAAUUAUCCUAUAGGUUGCAAAUUAGAAAUUAAUAAUUGUGAAGGAAUGGUAUGUAAUGAUGGUUCAAUUGAUUUUGAGAAUUUGGAUUCUGAAUAUCUUACAAAUAUUUCGACAGUUGAAGAUAAAUUAAAGAAAGGUUCUCAAAGAGUAUAUCAUUUGAGGAUUGCUCAUAAUGAAGAGAUUAUGAAAUCAUGGCAAAGUUUGGAAAACACCAAUUUUCUUUCCAAUAUAAAUUCUCUUGAGAUUAGUGAGUGUCAGAAUCUAAGAUCUAUUGGAAGGGGCAUGCUACCAUCAUCUUUGAAAGAAUUUCGUAUUAAUUUCUGUCAGAGUCUAACAUUCAUUGAUAGCGAUGCCUUACCUUUAUCUCUAAAAAGGUUUAGGAUUACAGCAUGUAGAGAACUGAAAUUUUUGAAGGAUUUAAGUGUUUGUUCUCUUAUUGAGUCCAUACAUGUUUUUUUGUGUAAAUCUCUCAAGUGCAUAUCAUUAGAUGGUCCGUUGCCUGGGAGACUCAACGAACUAGAUGUUUGUGGUUGCAACGCACUGGAAACAUUAUCAUCUAGUAGAAAUGAGUGCCUCCCUAGGGCACUUACAUCCAUCAAUAUCGCGUAUUGUGCAGAGCUAAAGUCAAUUGUUGAGUCUUUUGAUAAUAGCACGUGUCUUAAAAAUAUUAGUUUAUGGGAUUGUGAAAAUCUUGAAUCCUUACCUUCAGGUCUACACCAUCUUCCUUGCCUUGAGCGUAUUCAAAUAAGAAAUUGUCCAAAAUUGUCGGUGAGAGAAGGUGUUCCCACCAGCCUUAGACAACUCUUAAUUAAUGAAUGUGAAGAUGACAAGGGAAUGGGAAUGGGAAUGGGAACGGGAAUGCUCACCUCUCUAAAAACGUUAGAAAUAUUUUCCCUCCCACAGCUUAAAUCCAUCUCAGACCUGACCAACCUCACCGCUCUUGAAGGGUUGGGUAUCAUUUCACUCCCACUGCUUGAAUCCAUCUCAGACCUGAACAACCUCAAAUCUCUAAAAGAGUUACGAAUCUCAUCCCUCCCACAGCUUAAAUCCAUCUCAGACCUCACCAAUCUCACCUCUCUAAAAUGGAUGCGAAUCGAAUAUCUCCCACAGCUUGAACUAAUUUCAAAUCUCAGUGGCCUCACCUCUCUUACAGAGUUGUACAUUGAGGAAUGCCAAAAGCUCAAAUCAAUUCCAAGUCUCAGCGACCUCACUUCUCUUGAACUGUUGAAGAUCCGUCGUCUCCCACAGCUUGAAUCAAUUCCAAGUCUCAGCUGCCUCACCUCUCUUCAAGAGUUGACGAUCGCUGAUCUCCCACAGCUUGAAUCAAUUCCAAGUCUCAGCAGCCUCACCUCUCUUCAAGAGUUGACGAUCGCUGAUCUCCCACAGCUUGAAUCAAUCCAAGAUCUGAGCAACCUCACCUCUCUUAAAGAUUUACAUAUUUCCAAUUGCCCAAGGAUCAAAUCAAUUCCAAGUCUCAGCAGCCUCACCUCUCGUGAACGAUUCUAUAUUGACAAUUGCGCAAACCUCAAAUCCAUUCCAGAUCUUGGCAACUUCAAAGAUUUAUCAAUUAUGGAAUGCCCAAAACUCAAAUCCCUGCAAACCCUGCCAUCCUCACUUCAGUCCUUAUUUAUUACAAAUUGUCCACUGCUUAUAAAACGAUGGAAAAGUGUUACGGGAAGAUAUUCCUCAAAGAUUGCUCAAAUUCCUUGUGUUCAAAUAGCUGGCAAAUUCAUCUACAAUUCAAAGGAGGUAUCAUGGAGUUGAUUAAUCGAAGCUGAUGGUCAACAAGAAUCUCUCAAUUGUUGUUUGUCCAGAAACUUUCAGCUUAGGAAUAUUCCAAUUUUUGGAUUUAUUAAUAAAAGUAAGUUCUUCAUGUUCUUGUUUGAUUUUUCAAUUCCUAAGAGAAUCUAUCAACAACAGAUUAGAUAAUAUUAUGCUUAGUUUUUUGUGAGUUUUGAAUUCAGGGAAGGAACAUUUAGAGGCAGAAGUUGAAAUAUAUUCCAUUGAAUUUUACUUCUACUCAGUUGUUUUUUGAUAAUAACUCCUCUGCCUCAAGUUUAUUUAAUAGAUUUUCAUAGCUUAUUUAAGGAAUCAUUGUUUACUUACUUAAUGUAAACAACGCA